AUGUUCAGCACCAGCAACAGCGUAUCGAUCUCAGUAUCGGACGACGAGUCUAACGAUUUGAAUCGGAUCCGCACCCGAACCCGUAGAAAGCGGAAGAAACCGGGUCACCGGACCAGCUUCGAGCUUCCACGGUACAUUCUUAGGCUUUUCCUUAGGUACUGGAUCGUCCUGGUCUUUCUUCUCGCCGUCGGAUUGCUCGUCUUCGAAUCAACGAGGAUCGGGACGAAACCUGCGAAUUCGGAACUGAAAAAUCCAGAAUCGAGCCGAAAAGAGAGCCCAAGCAAGAAAAACGAAGGAAAUCUGAAUCGAUUGGAUCCCACAACAAAGGUCAUUGGUGGUGUUAGGCAACGUUGUUUGAAGCUUCUGCCUCCUGAGGAGCUUGAGAAUCUUGAUAUAUUAGAGCGUAAAGAUUCAAGCUCACCUGUUAAGAAACUUGUGUAUCUAACGGAUACAGAUACUUCUAUGGGGGAGAAGAAAGCUGUUCGUGGUAACGGGACGCGGUUUAAUUUAUUCACCGGAAACCAGACUUUUGCUGAGAGAGAGAAUAGUUUUCAGGUGAGUGAAACAGUUUCAGUGCAUUGUGGGUUUUUCAAUGAGAAUGGUGGGUUUAGGAUUUCGGAUGAGGAUAACAAGUUUAUGCAAACUUGUCAAGUAGUUGUAUCGACUUGUGCCUUUGGUGGUGGCGAUAACCUUUACGAACCUAUUGGAAUGUCUAAGGCAUCAACUCAAAAGGUUUGCUACGUUGCGUUUUGGGAUGAAGUUACACUCGCAGCACAGGAAGAAGAAGGUCACAAGAUUGGCGAGGAUGGAUACAUUGGGAAAUGGCGAAUCGUGAUCGUGAAGGAUCUGCCUUUUAUGGACCAAAGGCUUAAUGGAAAAAUCCCAAAGAUGUUGUCGCAUCGGCUUUUCCCAAAUGCCAAGUACUCGAUAUGGGUAGACUCCAAGUCGCAGUUUAGGAGAGACCCACUGGGUGUGUUAGAUGCUCUUCUUUGGCGAACAAACUCGGUGCUUGCGAUAUCAGAACAUGGAGCUCGAAGCAGCGUAUACGACGAGGCAAAAGCUGUCGUCAAGAAACACAAAGCUACACCAGAAGAAGUCCAAGUGCAGAUAAACCAAUACCGGACUGACAAAUUACCCGAAGAUAAAAGAUUCAACGGGAAAAAAGCUUUGUCUGAAGCUUCUGUGAUUGUGAGGGAACAGACUCCACUGACGAAUCUGUUCAUGUGCCUAUGGUUCAAUGAAGUGGUACGAUACACUUCGCGUGAUCAGUUGAGUUUCCCAUACGUUUUAUGGCGAUUGAAAGUUCUCAAGAACGUCAACAUGUUCCCUGUGUGUACACGUAAAGAUCUCGUUAAUAGCAUGGGCCAUGUACGCAAGGCUAAACCGUUAGUUAGUCUAUAA